AUGUGGCCUAGACUGUGGUUUGCUGCCAGACGUACAGCGAUUCAAGGGAAUGCUGAGAAUGCUUUAAAAACUUUGACCCGUGCCUCGUCCAGUCAGGCCAAGAGAGCGGAAUUUUCCCAAUCGAAACCAACCAAAUCAGUAUUAAAUGUAGAAAAAUUUACUGAUUUUCAACUAUACAAUGAAGAAGUUCCACAAUUUCUACCUGGUUCGAAAGAAAUUAAAAAUUUAGAGAAAGCACUUGAACAUUAUGAAAAUAAUUGUGAGGACAUACCUAUUGUUAUAAAUGGCAAAGAGAUAAGGAAGGGUCAAGAGACGUAUCAAGUUAUGCCUCAUCGCAAAGGACAUAAAAUUGCCAAAUAUUAUUAUGCUGACAAUGCCACCAUUGAGGAGGCUAUACGCGCUUCGGUAGAGAAACAGAAGGAAUGGGAUAGGACGCCUUUGACAAAAAGAAUUGAAAUUUGGGAGCGUGCUGCUGACCUUAUGACGCACAAGUAUCGUGCUGAUUUAUUAGCCACAACAAUGUUGGGCCAAUCAAAAACCGUUAUUCAGGCAGAAAUCGAUUCUGGUGCUGAAUUAAUCGAUUUCGUGCGUAUGAAUGCAGGCUACUUGAAACAAUUAGCCAAUGAUCAGCCGUUAAGUCCGCAACCGGAAAUAACUAAGAAUUCGUUACGUUUUCGUGGUUUGGAAGGGUUUGUCGCUGCAAUAACCCCAUUCAACUUCACAGCGAUCGGUGGCAAUUUGGCAUAUACGCCAGCCCUAAUGGGCUGCAGUGUUUUGUGGAAGCCUUCGGAUACCGCAAUGCUUUCCAAUUGGACAGUUUUCAAAAUUAUGCGUGAGGCAGGCUUACCCGAUGGUGUAGUUAACUUCGUGCCGGCAAUUGGCAAAAAUUUUGGUGACACCAUUACCAGCUCUCCCGAUUUAGCUGGCAUUAACUUCACUGGCUCUACAGCCACAUUUAAAACACUUUGGAAGUUGGUGGGCGAUAAAAUCGAUACUUACAAAAACUAUCCACGUUUGAUUGGUGAAUGCGGUGGUAAGAAUUUCCAUUUUAUCCAUCCAUCAGCAAAUGUUCAAACAGCCGUUGCACAAACCAUACGUUCGGCUUUCGAAUAUGGCGGACAAAAAUGUUCAGCUUGCUCUCGUUUGUAUGUGCCUGAGUCACUUUGGGAGUCACAAUUUAAAGGACCACUUAUUGAGAAAGCUAAAGACUUGCAAAUAGGCGAUGUACGCGAUAUUGGCAACUUUUAUGGAGCCGUAAUUGAUGAGAACUCCUACCAACGUAUUCUUGGUUUUAUCAAUGAGGUUAAGAACGAUCCCGAGUGCACAAUAUUGGCUGGUGGUAAUUUGUCUAAUUUGAAAGGUUUCUUUGUGGAACCGACUAUCGUACAAGUUAAGGAUACAAACAAGCGUGUCAUACGUGAUGAAAUCUUUGGACCAGUAUUGUCGGUGUAUGUAUACAAGGAUAGCGAUUUAGAUAAGACUAUUGAUUUAGUGCGAACUGCAACAAAAUAUGCAUUGACUGGCAGUGUUUUCGCAACGGAUGAAUCGUUCUUGAAACGUGCAUUGGAAGAAUUCAAACAUGCCGCUGGCAACUUUUAUAUUAAUGAUAAAUCAACAGGUGCUGUUGUUGGUCAACAGCCAUUCGGUGGUGCACGUCAAUCGGGCACAAAUGACAAGGCCGGUUGUCCAUUCUAUCUGAUGCGUUUCGCUUCGAUGCAAGCUGUAAAAGAGACAUUCGUUCCUCUGCCCGACGUAUACUAUCCAUAUAUGAACAAAACGAAUAACUAAAAAAAAAGCAAUUGAUAAAUUAUAUUUUCUUUUUUUCUUUUUAAUUGAAACUAAGCGAAUCUCGAAUGGCAGUUAAAAACUAAAAAGAAAAAAGCUUUUACUAUGUGGUUAUAUAUUGAUUUAUUCCGUGAAUACUGGAUUACAAAUUUAUUGAAUUAGUUAAGAAAUUAAACAUGUAAAUCUCAAUUUAUACACACUGUAUUUGUAUUUUAUUGGAAUCUCUUGAAACGAACAAUUAACUUAUAAACCUAGAUAAUUACAUAGCUAUAUAACAGCUGAAUGUAGGCUGAAUUGCCAAAGUACAUACAUGCACACACACAUACAUAUAUAUAUAUAUAUAAAUGCAUAAAAACAAAAUUAUGAAAUUCAUUAAAUGCCAGGCCCACUAUUUGUUAUCAGCAAUAAAUUUCAGCACAUAGACAAAUACAUACAUAUACAUAUAUAUAUAUAUAGUAGUAUAUUCUGAUUCCUUGGUGGUGCAUGAUGUUAUGCUUAUACACGUACAUGUACUAACAUUCGUUGAAUAAAAAACCGACCUGAGAUAAGCGUUUGCUUUUUUGUUUUUGUUUUAUUUGUAUAUUUCCAUUAAUUGUUUAGCGGUCUAACCUAGUCAUAAGCGUGUCUAUUUAAUAGAGCCACAGAAAAAAAACUACUGAUAAAGACAUAUAAAUACAUACAAACAUACAUACAUUUUAAAUAUUCCUGUGCAUUAGCGAACUAAAUACUAAUUGGACAAUAUUGAAAUAUUUUAAAUAAAAAAGUACUCUAUAUUUAAAACUUCA